AUGUCCGGGCGCCGCUCCAGGCCGUCUCGCCCCUCCCCCCGUGGCCCGCGGCCUGCCCUUUGGGCCCCCAGGCUCAGUGGGGGAGCUAAGGGGGGCCUCAGCCGGGCCUUCAUCCUUCCCCGGUUGCUGUGGUGUAAAAUUAAAGGUCCAGCCGCCGGUAUGCUCCGGACCUUGGGAGCCCAGCCAGCCAGUGACCCCCUCCCUGGGGGCUCUCGAGUCCCGCGCCCCUGCCCCAGCAGCCAGCUGGCCUUGCCCCACGGGCUCCAUGUUCAGGAGGCGCCAGGAAACCACUUGAACCCAGAGCCCAGCCAGCCUGCGACCAGCGUGGACCUGGACUUCCUGGAGGAUGACAUCCUGGGCUCUCCGUCGGCCGGCGGCGGAGGUUCAGGGGGCCCCGAGCAGCCGUGCGACAUCCUCCAGCAGAGCCUGCAAGAGGCCAACAUCACGGAGCAGACGCUGGAGGCCGAGGCCGAGCUCGAUCUGGGCCCCUUCCAGCUCCCCACUCUGCAGCCGGCGGACGGCGGUGGAGCCGGCGGGGCGGGGGGCGCCGCGGCCCCCGGAGCCCAGGCCCUGUUCCCCGGCAGUGCGGACCUCCUGGGCCUCCAGCCGCCGGCCGUCUUAACGCACCAGGCCCUGGUGCAGCCGCCCGACGUGGUGAACGUGAACAAGGCCCUCAGCGUCCAGCCGUUCCUGCAGCCCGUGGGCCUGGGCAAUGUGACCCUGCAGCCCAUCCCGGGCCUCCAGGGCCUGCCCAACGGUAGCCCCGGGGGUGCCGCGGCCGCCGCCCUGGGCCUGGCGCCCAUCCAGGUGGUCGGGCAGUCUGUUAUGGCCCUGAACCCGCCGGCCCCCCAGCUCCUCGCCAAGCAAGUGCCCGUCGGGGGCUAUCUGACCCCGGCGGCGCCCACAGAGCCCGGCCCCGUGACGCUGGCCUCUGCGGGGGUCUCCCCGCAAGGGGCCGGCCUGGUCAUUCAGAAGAACCUUUCGGCCGCCGUCGCCACCACAUUGAACGGGAACUCGGUGUUCGCCGGGGGCGGGGUGCCGGGGACGGCGGCCGGAGGGGCCGCGGGCCCGGGGGGCCAGCCGCUGGCGGUGGCCUCGGGCCUGGGGGCCUCCUCGCUGGUGCCGGCGCCCAACGUCAUCCUGCACCGCACCCCGACGCCCAUCCAGCCCAAGCCGGCGGGCGUCCUGCCCCCGAAGCUCUACCAGCUCACGCCCAAGCCUUUCAGCACGGCCGGCGCCACGCUCACCAUCCAGGGCGAGGCGGGCAGUCUGCCGCAGCCCCCCAAGGCCCCCUCCAAUCUGACCUUCAUGGCCGCGGGCAAGGCGGGCCAGAACGUGGUGCUGUCCGGCUUCCCGCCCGCGCUGCCGGCCAACGUCUUCAAGCCGCCCCCGGCCACGGUGGGCAGCACGCCGGGCACCUCGGCCGCGCCCCCGCCCGGCGCCCUCAGCAAGCCCAUGAGCGUCCACCUCCUGAACCAGGGCAGCAGCAUCGUGAUUCCCGCCCAGCACAUGCUCCAGGGCCAGAACCAGUUCCUCCUGCCCGGAGCCCCGACCGUCCAGCUCCCCCAGCCGCUCUCGGCCCUCCCCGCCAACGUGGGGGGGCAGAUCCUGGCCGCGGCCGCCGCCGCCCCCCACCCCGGGGGCCAGCUCAUCGCCAACCCGAUCCUCACCAACCAGAACCUGGCGGGGCCCCUGAGCCUGGGCUCCGUGCUGGCGCCCCACGCGGGGGGCCACGGGGCCGCCCACAUCCUCUCGGCGGCGCCCAUCCAGGUGGGCCAGCCCACCCUCUUCCAGAUGCCCGUGUCCCUGGCCGCCGGCAGCCUGCCCACCCAGAGCCAGCCCGCGCCCGCCGGCCCCACCGCCACGGCCACCGUCCUGCAGGGCGUCACGCUGCCCCCCAGCGCCGUGGCCAUGCUCAAUGCGGCCGAGGGCCUGGUCCAGCCCGCCGCG